AUGAAAUAUUAUUAUUUAACGUGCAAAAGAAAUUUUUUAUCUGAAUAAAUAAUGGAACAAAAAUCAACCUUAAAUAAUCCAAAUUAAGAGACAUAUCAACAAGAUAUAAUGAUAGUUUAAUGAAAACUCUCUUCAAUUAUAAUCGAAAAUAUUGAUUUAAAAAUGUUGAUUUAAAAUGUUUUUAAAAAUAUAAGUAUCCUAUAGGACACAAACAUGUCAAAUGAUGUGAACACCCAAGCUGAUAAGCCCAAUGAGGACGAAAAUAUCGAUAAAGCAGAAGAAGAAGAAGGCACUUCGUCUAUUGAUCUGCAUGCGCAGGAAAGUGGAAUUAUAUACGGAGGUUGUGAAGGACCAAAUGCAAUGUAUGUAAAACUUGUUAGCAGUGAUGGACAUGAAUUUAUUGUUAAACGUGAACAUGCUUUAACUAGUGGAACAAUAAAAGCAAUGUUAAGUGGUCCUGGUCAGUUUGCAGAAAAUGAAGCUAAUGAAGUUAAUUUUCGAGAAAUUCCAUCUCAUGUAUUACAAAAGGUUUGCAUGUAUUUUACCUACAAAGUACGCUAUACAAAUAGCAGCACAGAAAUACCAGAAUUUCCUAUAGCACCAGAAAUUGCAUUAGAAUUAUUGAUGGCUGGAAAUUUUUUAGAUUGUUAAAUGUCACGAAUGAUAUUAAUAAGCAAUCAGUUUUGAGCAGUCAGUAUAAUAAAAUUAUUUAUCAUAAUUUUAACAUCAAAAAUUCAAUUAUAUUGUGACAUAUA